CUGUAGGGAAGUAAACUUUUUUUUUUACUUUUUAUUUCAAUACAUGAUCAUCAGGGUUGAGACACUUCAGAUUAGAUCCGAAAACCAUUGACAUAAGAUCACAUACGUUCACAAUAGCACAUGACAGCAUCUAUGCAGGCCACACACACUUACACAUAGGCUGACAGGAUAAAGCUCUGAGUUUCACACACACACAGACCUACUCACUAGCCUAGACUGCAGCGCUGAGAUAUACUGUACUGUACAUAUUCUCCCAAAACAAAGCCAUUUAAACAGCAGCAUUGAAAUGGAUGAAUUAGACAGCUUACUGGAGGAGUUGGCUGUGAGUUCUUCCCAGAGUUCAGAAGGGCAAGAUAAUACCUCUACAAGAGGCAGCAGAGGAGAUAACUGGGUCCAGCCAGUCUACACCACCAAACUCCCAGCAAAACCAGCACAAGAGAUCGAGAGUGAACAUGUAUACAGUGAGGUACCGCACCCUGAGGAGGCCUGUUUGCUCAGCCCCGGAUCAGCAACACGGGAGCUGGAGGCCAUAAUGACUGGACUGCUAGAACUGGACCUGGGGCUGCCUGACAGAUCUCCCUCCUCUGCGCUACCGGUCCUCGCAAAGAGGGGAAAGGAGAAAGAGAAGGAGCCUGAGAAGAAGGACAAGGCGAUGCACAGCCCAGCAGAACCGGAGACCACUGGCAAGACACCCAACAAGACGCCCACCAAGACAGCCCAGCACCCUCCGGGGGCAGAAGGAGCCUCCAUAGACCACCUUCUUGGUGUCCUCAGCUCUGAUAUGGAGAAGAUGGGUGUGCACACCGCUGCCAAAGGCCAUUGUGCUGCUUGUGGCAAGUGCAUUGUGGGAAAGGUGAUCACAGCUAUGGGCAUGACCUGGCACCCCGAACACUUUGUGUGCUGUGUGUGUAAGGAGGAGCUUGGAGUUUCAUGCGGUUUCUUUGAAAGAGAUGGAAAACCCUACUGUGAGACAGACUAUCAGAAUAUCUUCGCUCCUCGCUGUGCGUACUGCAAUGGACCCAUCUUGCAGAACAUCCUGACAGCACUGGACCGCUCCUGGCACCCAGAGCACUUCUUCUGUACAGCAUGUGGACAUGUGUUCGGCUCAGAGGGUUUCCUGGAGCGUGAGGGCAAGCCGUACUGCCACGCAGAUUUUUACCGCCUCUAUGCGCCGAAAUGCUCUGGCUGUGGGGAUCCAGUGAGGGAGAACUACCUGUCGGCUGCCAACGGCACCUGGCACACCGAGUGUUUCGUGUGCGCAGACUGCCUCAGCCCCUUCCAGGACGGCUGUUUCAUGGAGCUGGAUGGCCGCCCCCUGUGCACGCUGCACUUCCACGCCCGGCAGGGCACGCUGUGCGGAGGGUGCGAGAAGCCCAUCUCGGGCCGCUGCAUCGCGGCCCUGGGGCGCAAGUUCCACCCCGACCACUUCGUCUGCGCCUUCUGCCUGCGCCAGCUGGCCCAGGGCGUGUUCAAGGAGCGCGAGGGAAAGCCCUACUGCGCAGGCUGCCACCAGAGACUCUUCCUUUCGUGAGCCCACGGUUUGCUCCUGACUGGAAAUAUCUUCUUCGAUCUACUAGAUUGCAAAUCUGCAAAUGGGAUGAAGACAGAAUAAACUCACUUCAUUAUCCGCCACGCUUGAUUCAAUGUGUUAUAUUUCCAAAUGGAUUUUGAGCUUUCUUAAAGUAUUAGCCUGCACAAGGUAUUUUACAUAUGUAUGUGAGUGAAUUGUGAAUGAAUAUGAUAUGGUUAAUAGAGAAUAUAAUAAGGCAAUAUGAAAUAAUAAUUAAUUGCAUGUUUCAUCCUGAAGAAACCCAAGGCAUUUACGUAUAGGAGGGAACCCCUUCACCAACCAAACUCCUACAAAGCUUUAAAAGGUCCUCCUGUUCUCAGUUUUAAAAGCACUUCCACAUAGAUUUUGCUUGAGUUCUCUAGUCAAUGUUUUACAUGAUCUACUGUAUAUGGUUGAACUCAAAGGCUUGGUGGAUGUGAAUGUUUCACUCAGGUCCCCUUGUAGUCUAAAACAAAUUAGUUUUUUUAGCCUGUCUGUAUAGGACAUUCCUUUAUAAAGUACCUCAGUGCUGUUCGUUGGACUUAUUCCAGAGUGGCAAUAUCUUUUUUUGGUAGCAUAGUCGCCACCACUGCAUACAAAAUUCUAAAUGAGAUCUCACCAGUGUAUUGUAUAAUUUUAACAUAUAUAAUAUAUAUGUACCUGUAUAUAUAUGAACAGUUCUUGAUUUUGAUUAUACACUUUUAAACUAUAUAUCCUAACUUUGUGUUUUAUUUCUUAGCCACAUUGUCUGGAAGACGUAGAUGAUAUCAGCCUAAACAUUUGUCAUUUUCAUAAGUUGUAUCUUCAAGCUCUUUCUUUCCUUUUUAAUAUUUGUAGUUUGCUUUUGUUAUUUCUACUGGACAUAUACCUGCUAAGAUUAUAUGCCAUCUGCCUGAAGUUUACCACGAGUGCUAUCCAUUUUUUUAUUUCCUCUGAAGCUUCUAUGGUGCUUAAGAAUCCUCCUAUUUUGAUAUAAUCUGACAAGUUUACUAGUUUGCUAUACAAGAAUCUAAAUCAUUGACUUAUGUCAGAAAUAGCAGCGUCUUAAUACAGAUCUUUGUAGUACUCCAAUAAUUAUAUCACUCCAGGUUGAACAUUCACACCUGUACUGUACUCUAUCAAUCAGUUCUUAAUUUAAUUUCCAUGAAUGCCUACUGCAGAUAUUUAGAGAAUUCAUGUUUGAUAAGGAAUAUUAUUAAAAGCCUCCUGAAAAUUGA